UUGUUCAGUUAUUUUUUUUAAUUUUUUUUUUUUUUUUUUUUUUUACUAUUUUACAAAUACCACAUUCUACCCAGGAAAAAGCUAAGAAAUUUUCACCUAGGUCAGGGAGUGAAAAGGUUCUGCAAAAUCUAUUUUCCUUUUUUCUUUUUGCCUGGUAAAGAAUUAAACCAACUGCCACAAACCCAUUCUCAUUGUGAUUAAAUGCAGGAAUUUUGAAUGAAACCCUUUGUUCAUAUACCUGGGCACAGUCAGGGAUCUGACAUGACUUGAAAAUGACUGGCUAAUUAGAGUAAUUUAAUUCAAUUUAAUGAUUUUUUUAACAAUUUGCAGAAUUACCCCAUCCAGAUUAUCUAUUGCUACCUACUGGAGAGGUGUAGCCUGUGGGAAAUGUGUUUGUGUGUAUUUAGUGUAUGUGAUUUUUUGUUUGUUUGUUUUUUAAAGAAAUGUGCUUGAGUUUAGAGUUUGUCUUAAAUUGCUGUCAGAUAAAUAUGGGGUUGAAUUAAAUAACAUGUUUACUUAGCACUGAUUGCUAUUCCUGAAUGGUAAUUAGGGCUGUAUUUUUUUGAAGCAUUCAUAUGCAUAUAUAUUCUACUAACAAUGUGCUGUAUAGUUGGAUUUUUAAAACUCGUGGUAGAUUCAUCAUGUACAACAUAGCUACUUGCCUUUAAUAAUGACAUGUACUUUUAUGAAACAGAUGAAUCUCACUUUGGUUAUCAAACUGUAAUCCACUGUUUCAGAAGAGUGAUGUGAAACAUAGUGACCCUGCAUGACCCAUUUGAAUUUAUGCUUCAGUCCCUAUUUCAGUUAUUUAUUUAUCUGACUAGACUUGUACAACUUCUACUUUUUUUUUUUCUAGGGUGGAGAGAGGAAGUUUAUACAGCUGAACAUCCUUAACUUUAAACUAUUCCUUCAGGAAGAAUUUGUAUAGCAGCUAAAACUUGUAGAUGAAAGCAACUAACUAUUUCAAUAUUGAAGAAGAAUAAAAAGCUCCACAAAGGUUUGGAAGGUUGAAUGUGAUCAGCAUGAAGAGCUUAAAAGCAAAGUUCAGGAAGAGUGACACCAACGAGUGGAAUAAGAAUGAUGAUCGGCUGCUGCAGGCAGUGGAGAAUGGAGACCCUGAGAAAGUGGCUUCACUGCUGGGUAAAAAGGGAGCCAGUGCCACCAAACAAGACAGUGAGGGCAAAACUGUUUUUCACCUGGCAGCCACAAAAGGGCAUGCAGAGUGUCUCAGGAUCAUGGUGACACAUGGUGCAGAUGUGACAGCCCAAGAUGGUGCAGGGCACAGUGCUUUACAUCUUGCAGCAAAGAACAGCCACCCUGAUUGUGUUAAGAGGUUACUUCAGAGUAAAUGUCCAGCCGACAGCACCGACAAUUCUGGGAAAACAGCUUUACAUUAUGCAGCUGCAUGUGGGUGUCUUCAAGCAGUUCAACUCCUGUGUGAGCACAAAUGUCCCAUUAACAUCAAAGAUUUGGAUGGAAACAUACCUCUGCUGCUUGCAGUACAAAAUGGUCAUACAGAAGUCUGCAAAUACCUUCUGGAUCAUGGAGCAGACAUCAACAUGAGGGAUAAAAAUGGAAGAACUGCUUUGAUGAUGGCUUGUGAAGCUAGUAGCCUUAACAUGGUGGAAGCUUUCCUCAGGAGAGGUGCAGAUGUGAGUUUAGUAGAUGUCUUUGGACAGAAUGCCCUGCAUUAUGCCAAGCUCUCUGAGAAUACAGGGGUCCAGAAUCUUCUGUCGUCAAAGAUAUCACAGGACAUGGAGGCAAAGUCUCCAACAAAAGCGAAGCAGAUUAAUGAUUUGUCCUCUCCACACUCAUCAACUUCAACUCCCAUGACUGGAAAAGGGCAGGCUUUCUUUGCUGAUCAAGUGUGCAAGGAAGAAUUCAGCUCUUUGCACAGGGAUAAUAAAGACAGACUGAGUGACAGCACAACAGGUGCUGAUAGUUUAUUGGAUGUGAGUUCUGAAGCUGACCAACAAGAUCUACUUCUGUUGAUGCAAGCAAAAAUUGCCUCUCUGACAUUGCACAAUAAGGAGCUGCAGGACAAAUUACAGGAAAGAACACCUAAAGAGGGGGAUUCAGCUGUAGAAUCUUAUUCAUCCCAAACACAGUUUGAGCAAACAGCAGAGAGACAAAAUGAGUUCUUGUCUCAGGAGAUGAAGCCUUCAUUAAAUGCCACUCAAAUUCAAGAAAAGUUGACAAGCCCCAGAGAAGUAAAAAUGUACAUUCAGGAAGACCUAAAGGAUGUGCAGAGAAAAUUAGAGAAUUCUGAAGCAAAAAGAAAGCAUGUGGAAACUCAAGUCCAGUCUAGAGUCCCAGAAACAGAUAAUUUAAACAACCCAGACAUUUCAGAAAAUUGUUCUGAUCUUAAUUUGAAAUUCAAAGAAACUCAAAACAGACAUGAGGAAGCUGUGAAAGAGAUUUUGAAUGUACAAAGGCAAAAGAAGCCAGUUCUUGUUUCCUCUGAAAGUGAAGAAACUGGUUCUGAUCUGAGUAUGUUGAAGAUUACAUAUGGAGAAGUUGAAGCACUUAAGCAAGAAUUGAAGAAAGCAUUGGAGGAAAGCGAAAGACAAAAAGAAAAAGUGAGAGAGCUACAGAAAAAGUUUGAAGACAGAGAGCAGAAGAUGGCAGGCAAAUUGUCUGUGGAAGAGUGUGAGGAAAUGAAGAAUUCAUAUUGUUCAGUUAUUGAUAACAUUAAUCAAGAGAAAGCAUUACUGAUUGAGAGGUACAAGGAAGGGCAAGAGGAAAUUAAAAGGCUACAGGACAAGUUGACAAAUCAGAUGCAGUUGGAAUCUAGUGCUGAAGCUGGAGAAAGGAAGGAUGUGAUGCACAGAACGAUAGAUGAGCUCAACAGGCAACUUAGUGACUUGUCUCAGUUGUAUAAGGAAGCACAAACAGAGCUUGAAGACUAUAGGAAGAAAAAAACUCUAGAUGAUAUAGCUUCAGACUACAUUCCUAGAGAUGAACAUGACAAACUGAUGGAGGUAACAAAUUCUUUGAAAUACAAAGCAGAAAGUGAGUUAUCAGAAAUGAAAUCCCAGUACACAAAAGUAUUAGGUGAAUCAAAAGAACUCAAGCAACUGUUAGACAUUCAGAAGCAAAACUCUUUGCCAAUUACUGAACACCGUCAGGUAAUCAAUGCACUCAGAAAUACCAUAAAGGAGAUGGAGGAAGAAAUAAAUGAGCUCAAGCGAUUGCUUAGCAACAAGGAAAGCGAAUUAAGAAACUUGGAAAAGGCAUUACUGGAAGAAAAAGCUGCAAUUAAUGAAGCCAUGGUACCCAAGGUCACAUAUGAAAAGCUCCAGUCGUCACUAGAGGGUGAAGUUAGUGCUUUGUCAUCCAAACUGAAGGAUGUAAUCCGAGAGAAGGAAAAUAUAUCCUUAGAUGCCAUGAAACUGAGAAAUGAAAUUUUGCACUUGAAAGAAACGAAAGAAGGUAUGCAUACUCUUCUUGAAGCAAAGGAACGGGAGGUGUCUGAUCUUCAGCACAAGUACCACCAAGUUCAAGAAGCUCUUACUGAAUUGAAAAACUCAUCAAAACUAGAAGAAGAUAAAGACAAAAAGAUCAAUGAAAUGUCCAAGGAAAUUAGCAAAUUAAAAGAAGCAUUGAACAGCCUUUCUCAGCUCUCCUACUCAACCAGUGCCCCCAAAAGACAAAGCCAGCAGCUGGAGGUGUUACAGCAACAAGUGAAGCAGUUGCAAAACCAACUGACUGAAACAAAGAAACAACACCAGGAAAUUGUCUCGGUUUACAGGAUGCACCUUCUCUAUGCUGUGCAGGGUCAGAUGGAUGAAGAUGUCCAGAAAGUGCUUAAACAAAUUUUAUCAAUGUGUAAAAGCCAAUCGCAGAAAAAGUAAACAAAAAAGCCAUGGAAAACUCUCUAUUUUUAUUAAUCCUGUUAUGGUUAUUUUAUCUAGAUUUGCCUUAACAUAAGAUUUCAAAUUGGCAAUUUGCUGCUUUUGUGUUAUUGUGCUGUUUGUGAGGGGGAUAUAUUUGUCUGUCUGUACCACUUCCAUGUGCAUUUCCAUGUGCAGUAGCUAAACACAUGCCUGCUUUUCAUACCCAAAAUGCAAGUAUGUUCUUCAGAUUUUUUACAUAGGCCACUCCAUGUCAUGUUUACCCUGUGAGUACUUUUCCAGCUUCCUGUAAUAGCAGCAGGUUAACCUGGAGGAAAGCACUGGUGUUGCCUGGAUAAAGGUGAAAUUCUCUGUAAGGUAUUCUGUACUGAUUAUAACCUACAUCUCAUUACUGGGUGUGUUUGAUACUGCAGCACUCAGAUUUUGACAUUUUGUCAUAUGCAGUCUUUGGCAGAGCAGAAGUGAACCUUACAGCAGUGAGCAGGAGUAGAUAUUUAUGCUGAGCCAGAACGUGGAACAGCUACACUUCCUGGUGUAAUGUUGUUUAAGAUUAACACACUAAAACGUAGCUGCCCCAAUUCACCCAAUGCACUGAGUACACAAAACCCAUACCAUGCUUCAUAAUGGUUUCCUUAACUACCUGGUAGUGGAAUGAAACUAUUUUGAAAGGUAAAAGCAUUAGUUUACUGAAGUUACAUACAAACAGAACUGUCUCUAUAAACAGCCCUUUAUGAUAGAUUUAGCUGUCUAUGCAAGCGUUGGCCAUGAAGCUCAGGAACAAAACCAUGUCAUAUACUUUUAGAUAAGGGAUUUUAGUGAACACAGGAUGUUUACAGUGCAUGUCAAUGCCUCAUACUUCCUAACCUCACUUUUUAAAGAUCUUCUCUGCAGUAUAUUUUUACUGGCCUCUAAUGAAUUUUUUUUGUAAUGAAACCAUUUUUUCUACAUAAUAUUUGCAUUAAGCUUAUUAACAAAUAUUUUUAGGUAACUGUGUCUUAGAGAGUUUCUUUUUAUACCCCCAAGUACUCAGUAAUAGUGAAGCAUAGUGAAGUGUUUUCAGUUUGUAAGAAAUUUGUAUGGAAUAAUAGACCUGUCUGUCAGUGUGGUCCAGAGCAGUUAAGUGUAAAAUUCAGCCUGCUAUUCAAAAAAAAAAAAAAAAUAGAAAUUAUAGGUAGACAACAGCAGGAGGUGUCAAAAAAAUUUGUAUGUUGUUUCUAGAGGCUACAGGCUUCAAUAAAGCCUUUAUCAGCACUUCUACAUUUAAAGUCAAAUAAAAAUGCCUGAUGUGGAAUAGAAUUAAACUAUGGAAAAAUGUUCUAAGCACACACUGCACUUGAGGGUACAACCAUUUUAACAAGCUUGCGGCUUCAAUAUGGUAUUGUGGUUUUUUUAUUCUAUGGGGAUAUGUCUCUAUUGAUAGAGAAAUCUUUCAGAGCUAUAUAAUCUAUGAAGUUUAUAUAGAGUCAUAAUAUGACAGGAGUCAGCAGUGCCUCAGGCUGACUGAACUCAUAGUGCACUUAUAUCAGAUAAUUCCUAACGCUGGCAAAGCUAAAUGGAUUUUAAAAACAAAAAGAAAAACACCACCUUUUCAUCAGUUAGACCUUGGUAUUAUUUUUUUUGAGAGGUUUAACUAAUGCCAUCUAAUUUUGAACAGUAUUUUAUAGUUAGACAGCUUUGAAAAUGCUCCAAAGAAAUGUGAAAAAAAUUUUGCUGCAUCACUUCAAAAAGAACAAAAUUUUAAGCAUGCUAAUGCUGCAAGUAUAAAACUUGAUGAACCAUUUUGUAGGUUGCCUGAUGGAUUUAGUCUUCUACUUUGUUUUGGUUUGUAUAUUUAUUACAAUUAUCUUUGUGGAAUAUUGGAAAUUAUAUACUACAACAUAACAAGUUUCUUUAUAUGUAAAUUACAAGAAGUUUCCUCAUGCAGCAAAUAAACUAUUUCCAAUUUUUUUUUCA